AUGGCACGUAAUAAAGGACAUAAACAACGAUUCGGAUCCAAGCAUAUCUUGGCGGAGAAGAAGAAGGUGCGAAAGCUGCAGUCAGCUAACAGAAGUGUUAAGGGGAUAGCCAUUCCAAGUUCUAAGGAUCUAUCACAUCAAAUAUUAAAAUCUUUUCGAGAAAAACAGGUGAGAACUUCCAUUGAACACAAAAGAUUGGGAGGGGCCAAUGGAACUCCUCGAAUUAUUGGUGUCCUCCCAGCCAAUGAAUCCGGGAAUACUGAGGAGGUAAUUUCAGAGUUGUGUAAAGCUCUCGGCACUAAAUGGAAUCCUGGUGAAGGAACACGUACCAUUAUUUCACACGAAAAAAAAAAUUCCUUUACGUUUAUAUGCGAAAAAAAUUGCAACAAUAGCGACUGCGUUGAUAUUUCAAAAGUUUCUGAUAUUCUUAUUCUCGUCCUAGAUGUAUCACAAAUGGUACAUGAUACAAUCAAAGAGAUUCAGGCUUCAUCGACUUAUGAUGAUGAUGAUGCUCAAACAACUGCUUCUGCAUGGUUUAGUGAUGUGGGUCUUUGUAUUACUGAUUACACACGUGAUCUCAUUACGGUGAUUAAUUCUCAGAGUGCCUCUGGUGUAGUCGUGGCUCUUCAAAAUUUACAUACCUUUCCUGAAAAGCGCAGACAGAAAAUCAUAAAGGUACACCAACGUUACUUCCUUUCUGUCCUACAUGAGUCCACUAAAAUAAUGGUAGUGGAUGAUGAGAAUAGCUACAAAUCACUUGUGCAUCAUCUCCAAGUUAUGAAAAUUCAUUCAUUAAAAUGGAGAGAUCAACAUCCUUAUUUUGCAGCGGAAAAUGGUGCCUAUGAUAUUAAUUCUAGACAGCUUACACUUUGCGGGUACCUGCGCGGCCAGCCCUUAUCAGCAACUCAACUAAUCCAUCUCACUAAUCAUGGUACAUUUCAAAUUUCGAAUAUUUUCAUAUUCAAUGAGAAUGGGGAAAAAAUAAUUCUAGAUAACAGUGAUGAGACUCAACGAGAGUCAUUGAAGCCUAUACAAGCCAUUUCAUCUCUUGAGGAUGAGGGUAUUCCGACUGAAGCAGAUAUAGAAUAUAUACAAGAAAUGGGAGACUCACACAGGAUCAAAGUGCCGCUUGGUUCUUCAGAUUAUCAGGCAGUAUGGUAUGAUAGUGAAGAAAACAUUGUGACAGAGGAUGGCACAUCAGAUAUUGGAAUUUCCAAUAAGGAUAAUGAUGGAUUCGUGGAGGCUAUGCCAUACCAUACCACUCAGUCAGAUGUAGAUUUUUUGAAGGUAGAUGUUGCAACCCAUUUUCGACAAAUGUCUUAUGAGGAAAAGGAGCUUGAAAUGCAAAGACUAAAAGAAGCCAGUGAGGAAGAUGCAUGGUCUCCUGACAUAGUGGACACUCCUACUAACAUUACUGCACGUCAACGUUUUGCCAAGUAUCGAGGUCUAAAAAGUUUUCAAACAGGAAAGUGGGAUUCAGCAGAAAAUUUACCACCUCAGUAUUCCUACAUUUACAAACUUCAGGGUUAUUCAAAGAUCCGGGCCAAUGCUAUUGAGAAAUGUAAGGAAGGGCUGGCUCAAGUUGGCCAAUUUGUUUAUAUUACACUAGAAAGUGUUGACUCAAAUCUUUGGGAAAACAAAGCCAGCUGCUUACUAAUUGCAUCAGGACAAUUGGAACAUGAGCAAAAAUGGUCUCUACUCCAUUUUCAAGUUCAACGUGCGAGCAGAUUUAGCGAACCUAUAAAAUCAAAAACGCCAAUGCUGGCACAUAUAGGCUUUCGAAAAUUUUAUGUAUCUCCUUUGUUCAGUCAUAUUAAUUCUGGAGAUCGUACAAAAUUUUUACGCUUUUUCCAUGAGGCUGAUAGGUUUUGCAUGGUAUCCUUUUUUGGCCCUAUUUCAUACAAUCCUUGUCCAAUUCUUUUGUUUGAAAUGCCGUCCUUAGAAGGGCAAUUAGAAGGUAGCCUACUUCAACUUGCUUGUUUUGGUGGAGCUAAUCCGCCUAAUCCUGAUAUUCUCAUUCUCAAACGAGCGAUUCUAACCGGUCGUGUGGCAGUCAUUCACAAAAGGCAGAUUGUUGUUAAAUACAUGUUUUCUAAUGAUGAUGAUGUGAAAUGGUUUCGACUAGUGGAUUUAUACACUAAAUUAGGUCGUCGUGGGAAGAUAUUAAAGGGUGUUGGUACGCAUGGUUUGUUUAAAGCUACCUUCAAUGAUCAAGUGAUGCAGCAUGAUGUUGUAUGUAUGGAUUUAUACAAACGUGUCUUUCCAAAGUGGAAUACAGUAGCGUUUAAUAUCUCAGAGGUUAGUUCCCCUUUCCGUUAUGGUAAUGAAGAAAGUGAGUCUUGA